AAGCAACUCACGUGGCCCGUUAUUUCUUGUCAUCAUCUCAAUUGGUCCAAUUGAUGUGAUUUCAACAAUUUCAUCAUCCCUCCCAUUUUCACCUUAUUUUUUCCUUCAACUUUUUUGUGUAUCACUCAAUUACACUUGACACAAAUUUGAUCAAAUCUUAAUCUAUUUUCCCCCCCUCAAUUUCCUCUAGCCAUGUCAAGUAGUGAUAUUAGGGGCAAAGAUUUGGCUGACGGAUCGUCAAGAUCCCCCGGUCGUGAUCAACCACCUAGUCGAUAUGAGUCUCAAAAACGACGUGAUUGGAACACUUUCAAUCACUACUUAAAGAAUCAAAGGCCACCAAUCCCCUUGCCCCAUUGCAAUAGCAACCACGUCCUAGAGUUCCUCCGGUACCUAGACCAGUUUGGAAAGACCAAAGUUCACUUACAGGGUUGUAUGUUCUACGGACAACCCGACCCGCCAGCUCCCUGCACUUGUCCUUUAAGACAAGCUUGGGGGAGCCUAGAUGCUCUCAUAGGCAGGCUUAGAGCUGCCUAUGAAGAGAAUGGUGGGUCAAGUGAGACAAACCCAUUCGCGAGCGUCGCGAUUCGGGUUUUUCUUAGGGAAGUGAAGGAGUGUCAAGCUAAGGCACGUGGCAUUGCUUAUAAGAAGAAACAGAAGAAGUUGGCCGAUAGCCCAAGUAAGGGAGAUGAUGAUUCAAGUUCUGCAGGAUUCCUCACAUUUUCUUGAUGAUAAAAUGUGUUUGCUAUAUAUUGUCUCUGGAGCCGCAUAACGCCCGUUUAAGAGGUAAACGUUUUCUAUAAGUAUUUUUUCAAUUUUUAAUUUUUAGUUAUUGAUGGAUGAAUCUUAUCGACGGUCAGCUUUUUGGAACUUAAAACGUGACAAAACAAAAAUAAAAAGGAAUUUGACACAUGUUGAAGUAUGAAAAAACCUCAAAGAUCAAUAAUUUAGCCCUUUAUAAUUUCCUUACUUUCUACCAUGAAUAAAGUUGUCUGCAGUAAGCAAUUCCCAGAUAUUUGGUACUUUAUGUUUGGUACUUUAUCUGGGGUCCGAUUGAUUUGUAUUUAGGUCGAGAAGUUUUUUUUUUUUAAGGUAGAAAAUUUCUAUCAAAGGCGGCUCUCUUUUUUAGGCUCAAAUUUGAGAGCUUAGGCUAGACUUACCAUCCCGUCACAAUUUUUGAUGAUAUUAAUUGCUACACAUAAUCAUUUGAGGUACUAUAUAUACGGUUUUGCAUCUUUUAUUGGAGUAUUCUUGAAUAAACUUACGAUCUUAAAUAUGUUAUAAUAGUUAUGUGAAAAGUACCAUCUUAAACAUGUCAACUCAUGCAUUUGUAUGGCUAAAAGAAUUUGGGGAUCAUUAAGAGUAAAAAU